GCGACCUGCGGACUGUUGUUGUUCAGCAGGACUCCAAGCUAACAGCUGACAUAUACUGUGAGGAUGUCAUCAGACUGACACACUGAACGACGCUCGCACUUCUAACCGCCCACCCGGUUCUCUGAGUUAUCUCGGCUUAGCUCUGAAUUACCCGGAGUUUUUUAAAUUUGUGGCUGACAUGCAGUUGUCAGUUUACUGACCAUCGUCAUCAGUAUCACAUUAAGACCGAGAGCAGGUGGAAAUAUCAGGGUUAUUAUGGCCCUCAGAUCAGGCUACAGGCAGAGCUUCUCAGCGUGUGUCAUCUACCUGCUCCUAUUGUCAGGAUGCAUUGCUGCCUCUCAAAGGACCGACAAUGUCUAUGUAUCGGGCAUUUCUAACGCCUGCAGCGAUGUGGCGGAGCUCCUGCGGGGGUCCAGCGGUAUUAUCACCAGCCCCGGCUGGCCCUUCCAGUAUCCGGCCAGAAUGAACUGCAGUUGGAACAUCAGAGCCCGACCUGGAGACACCAUCACCAUCAGCUUCCAGGACUUUGACCUGCAGGGUUCCCAUCGUUGCUCCUCAGACUGGAUGUCCAUCAGCAGCUACAGGAGCCUGGAUGGACUGCGGGUUUGUGGUUCCUCCCUGCCGCCACCCUACAUCUCCUCCCAGGACCACGUCUGGAUCCACUUCCACUCUGAUGAGAGUUUGACAGGAAAAGGCUUCAGACUGUCCUACAUCACUGGUAAGCCAGAGGCGUCCAGCUGUGACGUGGACCAGUUCCACUGUUCUAAUGGGAAGUGCAUCCCGGACUGGUGGCGCUGUAACUCCAUGGACGAGUGUGGUGACAAUUCAGACGAGGAGCUGUGUGUGGACUCUCCCUUCUCUUUCCAGCCCUGCAGCUUGAACCAGUUUCCUUGCCUGUCCCGCUACACCCGGAUCUACACCUGCCUACCGCACAGCCUUCGUUGCGACGGCAGCAUUGACUGCCAGGAUCUUGGUGAUGAGAUCGACUGUGAUGUUCCCACUUGUGGAGAACAGUUGAGGAACUUCUACGGCUCCUUCAGCUCUCCAAACUACCCCGACUUCUACCCUCCAGGAAGUAACUGCACCUGGCUGAUCGACACCGGAGACCACAGGAAGGUCAUUUUGAGGUUUACCGACUUUAAACUUGAUGGGACAGGCUACGGUGACUACGUGAAGGUCUACGACGGUCUUGAGGAGAACCCUCGCCGUCUCCUCAGGGUGUUGACUGCCUUUGACUCCAGAGCGCCGGUCGCUGUGGUUUCAUCAUCCGGUCAGCUCCGAGUUCACUUCUACGCCGACAAGAUCAACGCUGCCAGAGGGUUCAAUGUCACCUACCAGGUGGACGGGUUCUGCCUUCCGUGGGAGGUUCCCUGUGGGGGGAACUGGGGCUGUUACACUGAGCAGCAGCGCUGUGAUGGGUAUUGGCACUGUCCCAAUGGUCGGGAUGAGCUGAACUGCUCUUCGUGUCAGGAAGACGAGUUCCCCUGUUCCAGAAAUGGAGCCUGUUACCCUCGAUCGGACCGUUGCAACUACCAGAACCGCUGCCCCAAUGGUUCAGACGAAAAGAAUUGCUUCUUCUGCCAGCCUGGGAACUUCCACUGCAAGAAUAACCGCUGUGUGUUUGAGUCGUGGGUUUGCGAUGCUCAGGACGACUGCGGUGAUGGCAGCGAUGAGGAGAGUUGUCCCGUCAUCGUUCCCACCAGAGUCAUCACCGCCGCCGUCAUCGGCAGCCUCAUCUGUGGCCUCCUAUUGGUCAUCGCCCUCGGCUGCACCUGCAAACUCUACUCCCUGCGCAUGUUUGAACGCAGGUCUUUUGAGACCCAGCUGUCCAGAGUGGAGGCAGAGUUACUGAGGAGGGAAGCCCCACCCUCUUAUGGUCAACUGAUUGCCCAGGGACUGAUCCCACCUGUGGAAGAUUUCCCAGUGUGCUCUGGGAGUCAGGCGUCUGUCCUGGAAAACCUCCGUCUGGCUGUUCGCUCUCAGCUCGGUUUCACCUCCCUCAGACUCCCUUCCUCCAGUCGUCACAGCAACCUGUGGCGCCGGCUCUUCACCUUCUCGCGGUCUCGGCGGUCAGGUUCUUUGGCCCUGGUCUCUGCUGACCUUGAGGACAGUGCUGGUACUGGGAGCUCUGGGAGUUCUGGUUCAGACCUGUUGUCUCCAGACUCAGAUGACACAGACACAGAGGGCGAGCGAGGAAGAGAGCGAGGCAUGGGCGCGGUGGGUGGGCCUGUUGCCCCCCUGCCCCAAAAAACUGCACCCUCCGCCGCCAUUGAGGCUGUGGUGUCCGUGACAACGUCUGCAACCCCAACACUAUGCCAAGAUCGAUGCCACGACCGUCCCAGAGAGGCCCCACCCCCUUCCAGCCCUGUCACCAUGGCAACGUCCAAUCCAGAUCCUGAAUGUCACAGUGAUGCCUCAGAGCUCCAGGCCCCAUCCACCUCUGCCUUACAUCGUCUGGCCCAGAACCUGCACCGUCUCGCGAGGAACCUGACCAGAACCAGUCAGAACCAGCAGAACCAGACCUGGACCAAUCAUAGCCCACUCCGCCAGCUGGAGACAGGAAGAAGCGGGCCUGAAGCCACUGAGCGUCGAGGGAGCAGAGAAGAAGAAGAAGAUGUGGAACUUCUGAUCCCCUUGUCCGACUCUGACUCCUCCUCCUCCUCAUUGGUUAGUGAUGUCCAACAACCACUGCUGGAGGCAAACCUCUCCACCAACGCAGGACACGCCCCCCGCCAUCAUAGGGGAAACAGUGGUCGAGGGGGGCGGGAUGGCCCCUGUGAACACUGCAGGAUGGUCCACACGGCACAGAUCCCCGACGCCUGUCUGGAGGCCACGGGCAAAACGGAGAGCAGUGACGACGAGCUGCUGCUGCUCUGCUAACAGGCUAACCUGCAGGGCUAAGAUGCUAACUGACACACUAAUACUCUGAAUACUACCCAACCCAACAUCUAAGGUUAGCUAACAUGCUAACUGACAUGAUUAAUCUUGCUAAUACUACCCUGUCUCUACACGUACAGUUAGCUAACAUGCUAACUGACUGACUUACGGUUAUACUUCCCUGACCUUACACUUCAAAUUUUACACAGCAAGCCAACAUGCUAACAUUUAAGACUUGAUAACAACUAGCCAGCAUGCUAAUCGUUCUGACUGGAUGACAACUAGCCAUAAUUUAACACUUGUUAGCAUGUGUUAGCAUGUUGGUUGGACUAAAGGUAAGCGCUCAGCAGGUUUUUUUUCCCGUGAUGUAGGAGAUGACCAGAACGAUCAGAGACUGAGCGGAGUGAUGUCACUGAUUGGAUUCUGACGUUGGUAUAGCCAUGAAAACUCUCCCCCGUUGAUCCCCUGGUCCGUCCGUUAAAACACUCCACUCCUCCCUGCAGGCAGACGUCCUGCUCGUUGGUACGACGUCCUGAACACUAACUUACUGGUACGACUGUAAACUGAGUCCUGACAGAACAAACUGAAUGUUCCCCGCUAAUGAGAUCAUUAAACUCUGUUCUGAUCGAGGAACCUUGUCUGCCUCUGAACUGAGGAUGUGCCAGAACCAUUAUCAGGUGCAAAAGUUUAAAUGGUGUAUGUCCCUCCCCCCAGUCUGCUAAAGGAGAUGAUGAGAAUAACAAGGGUCAUGACCAUUGGAGGUAGCCAAAGAUAGCUACUAGCAGACUAGUUUUGUAAAACUAAAAAAAGUCCAUUGUCAUUACAGAGUACAUCAAGUGCAAACUAAAGUUCUUGAGGGUUUAAACAAAG